AUGCCGAAAUUCGUCGUCAUCGAGCUGAACGAUGAAGCAGCAACCAUCGAUCUGCUGAGCUAUUGCCCAAUUCGGUUUUCUACCGUACCCUUCGAUCCCGCACCACCAACACAUUGUAAUCCGGUCGUCCUUGCGUCUAUUCCAUUUAUCUCUCCCACGUUUAAAAUGGGAGCAACGUCGUCGUCGUCGACGAAAUGCGCGAUUUGGGUCAAAAAAAACUACGAGCGAGUCUCAUUGCUCACUCGGCUUGAAGAUCAUCCUUAUCUUCGUGAUGAUUCAGAAGUCGUUCAAGAUGACCAACAUCAACCUGAAGCAGAUGGAAUGCUCCUUCAGCUCAACGAUGAAGAACGUCAACGGCUCAUGAAACUGAUUAGCACGCCUGGCCCACAGACUUUGGCUAUGGAACGGAUUCAUAUGGAUGGACAGACUCAACACAUUCUUCAACAACAUCAACUACCAUCAACUUCUGGCUACUCUAAUAACUUCUCCAUCUACAUCAAAAACGACGUACAAGACGCCACAUACAAGGACGAACCCCAACAACAGACCAAUCAAUUCGACGACACUGUGAAUUCGGUUGCUCAUGGACACGCUAGUUUAUCAACACUGGAAAUGUUUGCCUGCAAUGGGUCACCAAGUGUAGAGCCACUUCGAAGGAAAACGCCGUCAAGGAAAGCUGAAGAUUCUAUAAAAGCGACCUGUAAAGUUUGCGGACACGAGGUGAUGUACUCUCCCCAAAGAACAUGGAAUCUUAUGCGACACGUCUGGAUAAUGCAUCAAUCUUCUAAACCUAACCAAUGCUCGGUUUGUGGUUACUCGCACAUCAAGCCAUACGUGAGGAAACACAUUGAUUCUCAACAUAAACAUGAUGCAACAGCAAGUAUAUUAGAUUUAAAAUCACCUGAGUUGGAAGCUGAAUGGAGUCAACUGUUAGAUCAAUGCUUUGGAGUCACAUAUAGAAAAUGGAAACACCAUAAAGAGGAUCCACAACAUCCUGCGGGAGAUGAGGACUACAGUAACGAGCAUCACUUUUCUCCAGAAGACGAUGUCAUGCAACCUCUAUAA